UCGUUAAAUGGCAACAAAACGCAACCACGGGUCAACUGAUUGCUGGUGACGGCACAGCGGGUAAUUUAUCAAGUCAAUUUAAUCAACCAGCUGGCCUAUAUCUUGACCAAAUCAAUCAAAUUUUAUAUGUGGCUGAUUCAGCUAACCGUCGUAUACAAAAAUUUUCAUUAAAUUCAACAAUGUUCCCAUUGAACGGUACAACAGUCAUUGGUAAUACAAGUCAAUUAACAUAUCCAUUAGCUGUGUAUUUCGAUACAAUCAAUCAAUAUUUAUAUGUCCUAGAUGUAUAUACUAGUAGUAUAUUGCUAUUUACAUCGAAUUCAAAUCAAGGGAUUGUUGUUGCUGGAGGAAAUGGAAAUGGUUCAUUAUUGUCACAAUUAAAUAACCCAUUUGAUUUAUUUAUUGAUCAAAAUUCAUCAACAAUCUACGUUGCUGAUACAUCUAAUUAUCGUGUUGUUAAAUGGCUGAAGAAUGCAACAAUAGGCGUACUAGUCGCCGGUGGUUAUGGUCCAGGUACAAAUGCCAGUCAGUUUUCUAAUCCAACAGGUGUUAUUGUUGACCAGAAUGGUACGAUCUAUAUAGCUGAUCAAUUAAAUUCUCGUGUGCAACAAUGGCCAAUAAAUGCCACACAAGCAGGGACUAUUGCUGGUAGUUCAAAUGGUACCUAUGGUUCGACAUCAAGUUUACUCAAUGGAGUUUAUCAUUUUCAAUUUGAUGUCAAUAUGAAUCUCUACGUUGUUGAUAGUGGGAAUAAUCGAAUACAAAAAUUUAACGUUAAUAAUAGUUCAUGUUAG